AUGGGAAAUAGUGGUCUGAGAAAGCUUUUGUUUGCAGGAGACAUCGUCGAAUCUCCUUACAGAAGCUUAAGCGAUAUUAAAGUUAUUAAUUUAGAUAAGGAAGAAGUAUUUUUAGGAGAUUUGACUGCUAAUAAAUAUGCAAUAGUAGUAAAUACUGGAUCUCAAAAUCCAAAUUUUAAAUAGUAAAUCAAUGAGCUCAAUUAGUUUAAAUAAGAAAACAAAGAUAAAUUAGAAAUUUUGGCAUUCCCUUGUAAUUAGUUCUAUAAUGAACCUUCAAACUUCAAAACUAUUAAAGAUUCAUAUUCUAGCCUUGUAUAAUUUCCAGUUUUUUAGAAGGUAGAGGUAAAUGGUUCAUACAUGCAUCCUCUCUACAAAUUCUUGAAGAGACAUUCUUCUCUCUAUAAUUAUAAAUUAUUAAAUGGAGCAAAAAUAACUGAAGAUUUUUCCAAAUUUCUUAUCAACACAAAAGGAGAAGUAGUUUCAUUUUACGCCGCUUCAACUCCAUUGAGUUAGAUUUAAAAAGACUUAGAUACACUUAAGGCCACUUAAAAUUGA